AAGCCAAAGAAGAGGAAAGUAGGUGUGACGUCGUAGUGUUUACAGUGUUCAGUUGAGCCACAAGCUGGUCGGAAGAAAACCAGAGCUAAUGAAGCGGAUUUAAUAGAUUUUCUCUCUUUCUAUUCGCGUAUUUACCGGCAGAGUUCGGGCGGAUUUCAAUGGGUGGUCACGGGGUUUUGGGGAACGAGCCUGACUCUAUUGACUACUCGGUUCACGAAGCCUGGAAUGAGGCCACCAAUGUCUACCUGCUGGUUAUUCUGGUCAGCUUCGGCCUGCUGAUCUACGCCAGAAAAAACAAAAGGAAGAUCAUGCGUAUCUUCACUCUGCCUCCCACCGUUGGCAGCAGCCCGGAGCCCAACUUCUACGAUAGCCUGCAGAAGGUCCGCCUGCGGCAGCAGCUGGAGAUGUACUCUCUUGAAAAAAGGGACAUAAUAACAGUUAUUGUUCCAGCCCGGAAGUUUGAGCAGCAGCAGGGCCAGACAGACAGCGUGCAGCUCUCCAUGGAAUGAGAGCAGGAGGGAACUCGUCCCUUUCUGUCAGACAAAACACUCCUGCAUCUUCAGGGCCUCUGUACGUGGAUAGGAAUGGACUUGGAUGGCUGUCAUGAUCAAAGAUCGUUCAAAAGCCGAUUCUCCUAUCCUGGUUGUUUCUGUUUGGUUUCUUGAAUGAGAAGUGUCUUCAUGUACCUUCUGUUGUCUCUUCUUCGUCUGUUAUGCAUGGAGUAGAUACAGCUGGAAGUAUGGAGAAAACAAGGGCAGAGGGGAGUGUGGCUUCUUGGAGGUCUGCUGUAUGGCGUCCCUUAGUGACUGUUAAUUUGGAUAGAGGAAUGAUAAAUGUGUAACUGCAGUGUAUGUCACUGAGAUACUUUCAGUGUAUUGUGAGAUUAAAAAAAAAUCGCCCAUGAAGAAUUUCUUGGACAGAACAAGGUCCUUCAAAUUUAAAAUAGGUUCUAGUUGGUUUUAAUUUUUUAUUUUUUUUACUUGUCAAAUGUGAAAAUAAAAGCACAUAAACCCACA